ACGACGUGCAAGUUGUCAGAGAGUAUGGGGCUGGAUGGGGUUGACCGGAUGAUUCAAACUGAUGUCAAACUAUAAGAGGGGAGAGUUCAAUUCAUUAAGAGAGAAUUCCCCACAGUAGAGAAGAACUGGUGUGGGGAGAUUGUGCUCACCUCUGAGCCAUACCUGAAAAAUGGGGGACUGGUCCUUUCUUGCUUCCCUGUUGGACAAAGUACAAUCCCACUCUACAAUUGUUGGGAAGGUUUGGCUGACAGUCCUGUUUGUGUUCAGACUGCUGGUUCUGGUGGCAGGGAUAGAAAAAGUAUGGGGGGAUGAGCAAUCACGUCUGGUCUGCAACACACUGUCACCAGGUUGUAAGAAUCUGUGCUACGACCGGGCCUUCCCCAUCUCCCACAUCCGCUUCUGGGUCCUUCAGAUCAUCUUCGUCUCCGUCCCAACUCUGGUUUACCUGGCACACGUCAUGCACGUCAUCCACAAGGAGAACAAACUGAGAAGACAACAAUCAAAAGGAAAGAAUGGAAUCGUGAAAGUGCCCAAAUACACUGAUGACAAUGGCAAAGUUCACAUAAAGGGGACCUUGCUUGUCAGUUACAUGUCCAAUGUGUUUUUUAAGAUUCUAUUUGAAGUUGGAUUCAUAGUGGGCCAGUAUUACCUGUAUGGCUUUGUGUUGCCCAGUAAGAUUAAAUGCAGUGGAUACCCAUGUAAGGGAGACCAUGUAGAGUGCUUCAUAUCACGGCCCACUGAGAAGACUAUCUUUAUCAUCUUCAUGCUGGUGAUGGCCUGUGUGUCUCUGCUGCUCAAUGUGGUGGAGAUGUUACACCUGAUUGGAUCAAAGGUUAGGCAGGGGUGUAACAGACAACCUCCUGCAGCUGAGAGGUAUGCACUCCAUGAUAAACACAAGCAGUUUGAUAAAGAGUCAUUCUUCUGAAUAUUCAGUUGAAUCACUGUCUAUCUUAAUUUGUUUUCUCAUGUACAGUGUGACGAGAGCCAUUGACCUCACAAUUAUAACAAGAAAUCCCCAAUACAAAAUGUUGUUGUUUUUACUGCUGCUCUCUGACUCUGUUGUGUAAAAUUUCUUGAAUGUACUGCCUAUAUGUUUAAUGUGCAGUAAAAACUGGGAUGUUCUAACAAAUUCUAAGACAUUGCUGAGUUGUGACUAUAAUAUCU